GAAUCAUUGAAUCUGUAUCAAAGUUGCAAGGAUAAUUGAGUUAAAGUUGAGGAUUAUAGAGUUAAAGUUAGGAUUUUAGAGUUAAAGUUGAGGGUUCUAAAGUUAAAGUUUAGGAUUCUGUAGUUAAAGUUUAGGGUAAUUGAGUUAAAGUUGAGGGUUUAGAGUUAAAGUUGAGGGUUCUAAUGUUAAAGUUGAGGGUUCUAAUGUUAAAGUUGAGGAUUCUGUAGUUAAAGUUUAGGAUAAUUGACUUAAAGUUUAGGAUAAUUGAGUUAACUUUAACUGUGAAUAACUUAACUUUAAUUGGUAAUAGUCUAACUUUCACGUUUUUACCUUUCUACAACUAAAUUGAGUCUUUCAGUCUGUUUUAUUUCACUGUUGUACUUUGUUGUGUUAAAGUUAUAGUUUUAUAUAAUUAAGUUAUGGAAAUUGGCAUAAAAGUUAAGACAGUUUUCAAUCAUUUAAGACUUAACUUUUCUAUUAAUAUCUUAACUUUAACAGUUAAAUCUAUUACUUUUAUAUUUACAAAUUUUUCAUCUAAUGGGAGUUUAACUUUUGCAGUGAUUUUUGACAUCAUUGAAUCAUGCCGAGAAGUAAAACUGUUAAUGUGAAGGAGAUUUUACAAGAAGAUGAUGACAUUCAAUAUCCAGAUUCAGAAAAUAUUGAAUAUGAUGACGAUGAUGACGAUGUUGUUUAUGAAGAUGAUGAGGAUGUUAAUACUGAUGAGGACCAGGACGAGAACUGGGAACAGGAUGAGAACGGGGACGAGGACGAGGACGAGGACGAGGAUGUUAAUGCUGGCUUGGUUAAACCGACAGGCAAAGGGAAGAAGAAGCCGGGAGUCAUGGUUAAGAGUGAGUUGGUUGAAAUAAAAACCAAAGGGAAGAAGGCAAGGAUUAAGGCUGAGGUUGAUGCUAAUGUUCCUGUUGAUGCUGAAAAUGAUGUCCAGAUCUUGGAUGGGGGUUGCAGUACUUCAAACUUGACUACCCAGUGUAGACCAACUGCUUUGUUAGCUGUCAUAGAAACAUUCAAUUCAAAUCAAAUUAAGUCUGUUUCAGAAAUUGGAUUCGGUUGGUUGUUAUCUUUACCUACGCAAACUUCUAAGUUAGAUACAACAUUAUUUCCCUGGUUGAUUGAUCAUUUUGAUCCUGUUAGUUGGUUGUUUAAAAUUGAAGCUGGAAAGGAAUUCAUAUUUAGUCCAUGUGAUGUGCAUGAUGUGUUUCUUCUCCCAUUACAUUCUGACAAUCCUAUUGUAGAUAGCAGCACUAGGACUAAGGAUGUAGGUUUGAAAAAUCAGUGGAGAGACUACUUUAAAGUUAAAAAAAAUGCAACCAUUCCAUUGCGUCUGUUGGAGAUUAAGAUGGGUGAAUUAGUGGAAGGUGGAGAAAUGUUCAAGCGAAUAUUUGUGAUUUUUGCAUUCUCUGUUUUCUUAGCUCCUAUAGCUAAUAGGACUGCUGAUUUGGGUUUAGUUAAAGUUCUUGAGGAUGUAGAUGAAAUAAAGAAUCUUGAUUGGUGUGGAUAUGUCCAUGAGAGACUUUGUCGGGCUAUUAGGAAGCAUAAAACUUCAGGCUGCCAGGGUAACGUUGGUGGUUGUUUAUGGGUUUUACAAGUUGUCUAUUUUCAUCGCCUUCAAUUUAGAGGCAUUGCAGAGAGUUGUAGUCUUCCGUUGAUGAAGCAUUGGUCUGGUACUAAAAUUCAUGAAAGGCUUGUUUUGGAAAAGGAUUCAGCUUGCUUUGGCAGUGGUUUAUUAAAUACAGUGACCUACCCUGUUUGUCAAAAGUUGGGUUUUGAAGAAGGUUUUGCCAAGAUUUGUGGUAGGCAUGAUGCUGUGAACGAUGAUGAGAACCAUAUACGGUUCGUCAUUCCUGAUGGGCAAUUGUCAAAUUCAGCAAUUCAAUCAAUUUCAACUGAUGAAAUGCAUGCGGAGUUUUUGAGAAUGAAGAGGAACUUGGAAAUUGUUUCAAAUUUUCAUUUGAAACAACUUGAAGCUGUAGCAGCACUGAGGCGACGUUCAUCUCCAUCGCUGCCGGAUGAUGAUUUGGAUCCAAGGUAUUAUGCCAUGAUGCAAGAAUUGGCUGAGAUGGUAGUUUCAGUUCAGUCUAUGCCAGGAGGUUUGGAGAACAUAUAUUGUGAUGGAAAACCUAAUGCUAUACCUCAAGAUGAUAGUCCAAAUAAAAAGAUCCAAGGAGUUCUUGAUGAAAUUAAUGUCAAUGAAACUGCUAACAAGACUGCUGUACAGUGUGAAGAACCUCGUAUUGUUGAUGCUACCACUGAUCCAGCUCAGCAGACCAAUCAAGGCGCAACUUUGGAGGUUGAUGUACAGCCAAGCUUAUCUGAGCAGCUGGUUGUACCUCUUCCAAUUGUUGAACCUCUUCCAAGUGUUGAACCUCUUGCAAGUGCUGAAACUGCUCCAAAAGAAUUAAAAGUUUACGAGCCUACUGUCGGUUAUCAUUCCAUUAUACACUCUUCUUUCACUGAUGGCAAGGCUAAAAUUGGAAUUCCAUGUGGAAAGGUUAACACUGAACCAUUCCUUGUCGGACAUUUCAUGCGUUUCUACAAGAGGAACAUGAAACGUUUGCCCGAGUUGUAUCAAGAAGUUGCUGAUUAUUGCCUUCUGGAUGAUCCUGUCGUAGUGAAGGCAGAGGAAACUUUGGUCUGGUUUGAUACCGUACAUAUGAUUCAAAGAGAGGAUAUGUUGUCACUUGCUGAAGAUCAAGAGAUCUAUUUGUCUAUUAUUGAGUGUUGGGCAUUAAUGAUAAAUGCAAAUGAAAUGCAGCAUGCCUCACCGCCUUCAAAAUUCUGUUUUGUUGUCCGCCAAAGUGAAAUUUUGGAACUUCUUUGGCAAGAUUCAACUAACGAGGCUGCUAUGGAUCAGCUUCUAAUUUGUUGGAAAGAGUGGAUUGAUAUUUACAACAAUGGCUUUGACAUCACCUGUGUUGAUCUGUGUGAUCUCCUGGGUACUUUCCUUGAUGAUAGAGGCAAUAAUCAUGAAGGUGAUAUUGGAACGUACCCCAUGGAGGAGAUUGAGUUUGAUUGGAAGACUGCAAAAGGUUCUGACCUUGAUUGUGGAAUUUAUACAAUGAUUAGUAUGUUGACAUUUGAAGGAACCAAAUGUAGCUGUCCUGAUUUGAAAGAGAAGUUCUCAAUAAACUUGCUGAUUUCAAUUCCAAACGAGUAG